CUUUUUUUCUUCCUCCGAUGUUUUGUCGUACCCCGUUAUACACCGCCUCAGCAUCCGUGACGUGACGCGACUGAAUGGACGCGAUCGAAAACAAAUAUAAGAUCGCACGACGAAAAGACGCGAAGUCAGUUGCAAAUGUGAAUUGUACCUGAGUGGAUCGAAGUGAAGAACAAAGAGAAUAAGUGUUUGUUUUUGGUUGAAAAAAAGUUGCUAAUUAAUUACGAGUGUGUCCAUUGAAUAAGUGUUGUAUUUGAGAGUAUUUUGUCGUGAACAUUAUUUCAACAACAAAUAACAAAGAAAUGUUUUAUCGAAAAAGAAACAGUAACCAAACCGUAUCAUUCACAAUGGUCAGCAUUCUGCUUGUGGGAAGUGUAGUGCUCGUCUCCCUGCUGUCGACACCGGUUUCCGCCCAGCCGAUCGAUAUGCUCGAUCAAAUCGGCACGGAAAGUAGACGAAUGUUCUACAAAAUGCUCGAAUAUCUUGGCGACUACGACGAGCUGGAGGAUGAAGGUCCGCACGAGCGCGAGGAAAAGGUUGGCUCGCUGCCGCUGCAGACGAGCAAUCGGGUCGAGGUGGCCGGCCGUGAUGAACAGUGCAAGUUGCCCCCGAGACGUGGUGUGUGCCGUGCGCUACUUCCCCGUUACAGAUACGACCCGGCUCAGAAGGAAUGCAUCGAGUUUAAGUUCGGUGGCUGCGACGGAAAUGCGAACAACUUCAUGUCCUACAAACAGUGCAUGGAAGCCUGUAAAGGUGUCUAAACGACCAUCAAUUAGACGUCGUUUUUUCCCAAUCGUCCACCACCCCCCACCAAGUGAUAUGUAGUGUGUUAAGAACCAGCUGAACCGGGCUAAAUCUCCCAAAAACGCUUCCCAAACGGAGGGAAAGAACGUAGUAGAGCGAUAUGCUUCACUCAGCACAAUCUUCCUAUUGUUAGUAUUUAUUCAGUUCAACCUGUUCGAACCGUUACAUUGUGGUAAUAAAUGUCGAACGUGGGUUCUUUUUUUUUA